GUCGGCCUGAAUUCACUUUCAUCCCGCUGUUGUUCUUUUGUUUCCUCUAGACAUCCCAACAGUCAACUGCCCGAUAUACCCACCAUUGCCUGCAAUACCCUCGGCCCCGACAUACGACGCACUCGCCAGCAAUUCGGGUGUCCGACAUCACAGCCUCAUCACUACGACAUUUCAUCUGCUAUAUUUCAUCUGCCAUAUACAGGUCCUUGUAGUUCUCUCCCAAGAUGUCGGGUGGUAAUAUCAAGGUUGUUGUCAGAUGUCGACCUCUCAAUAGUCGAGAAAUCGCAAGAGGGGCGAAAGGGCUGAUCACCAUGGAAGGCAAUCAAACCAUAAUCCAACCCCCCGAUGUCGCCGCGGUAUCUGCCAGAGCAAUUGAGAAGAAGCCGAUGACCUUUUCCUUUGACAAAUCAUACUGGUCAGCAGGCCCAAAAACGGAUCCACACUACGCAUCGCAACAAACACUGUACGAGGAUUUGGGUGCGGAUUUGCUGGACCAUAGUUUUGAAGGGUUCAAUACAUGCAUCUUCGCUUAUGGACAAACAGGAAGUGGAAAGAGUUACUCCAUGAUGGGAUAUGGUCCUGAAAAGGGUAUCAUACCCUUGACAACAUCAGAACUGUUCCGGAGAGUCGAAGAGCGAACAGCCAACGACUCGAAUCUCUCCUAUACUGUUGAGGUGUCAUAUAUUGAGAUAUACAAUGAAAAGGUCCGCGAUCUUCUGAAUCCCAAGAAUAAGGGCAACCUGCGAGUGCGAGAACAUCCGGCUCUAGGGCCAUAUGUGGAAGAUCUAAGUCGUUUGGUGGUAGAGAACUUUGAGCAGAUGAUGACACUUAUGGAUGAAGGCAACAAGGCCCGUACAGUAGCUUCGACCAACAUGAACGAGACUUCAUCACGGUCGCACGCAGUAUUCACUCUCAUCCUAACACAGAAACGUCUCGACGCCCAAACAAAGAUGACUGGUGAAAAGGUAUCCAAGAUAUCACUGGUUGAUUUAGCUGGUAGUGAGCGUCAAAACUCAACUGGCGCCACCGGAACUCGGCUCAAAGAGGGGGCCAACAUUAAUAAAUCUCUUACGACACUUGGGAAGGUCAUUGCAGCCUUGGCCGCGGGAAGUACUGGAGGGAAAAGAAAGAAGGAGGAUCAUGUUCCAUAUCGAGACUCGGUUUUGACAUGGCUGUUGAAGGAGAGUCUGGGCGGUAAUAGUAAAACGGCAAUGAUUGCUGCCAUUUCACCAGCAGACUAUGAAGAGACCCUGAGUACUUUGCGCUAUGCAGAUGCUGCCAAGAAGAUCAAAACUCAUGCGGUUGUCAAUGAGGACCCCAAUGCGAAGGUCAUCCGUGAGCUGAAAGAAGAACUUGAACUCCUCCGAAGCCGAGUUUCUACAGGUGGAGGUGUUGCUUCAGACGAGGCCGCUUAUGACCCUAGUAUCCCUCCAGAGAAACAAAUCGUAACCUAUAGGACCAAGGAAGGAGAGAUCCGCAAGGUCACAAAGCUUGAACUGCAAGACCAGCUAGAAGCUUCAGAGAAAAUCAUGGAGAGUCUCAACUUGACUUGGGAGGAAAAGCUCUCAAAGACACAAGCAAUUCACGUCGAACGAGAGAAGGCGCUAGAAGAGAUGGGCAUCAGUAUUGACAAAAAUAUGGUCGGUGUCCACGCACCUCAACGCAAUCCCAGCUUGGUCAACCUGAAUGAGGACCCUCUCAUGUCGGAGUGCCUCAUCUACCAGAUCAAACCGGGAAAAACGGUGGCUGGAGCCGUGGACGAUGACAAGGCUCACAUCAAGCUCUCUGGAACUCAUAUCCUACCUGAACACUGCAUAUUCGUCAAUGAGGACGGCGUGGUGACCAUUGAAGCUAUGCCCGACGCCAGGACUUUUGUGAAUGGUGAACGCAUCCCUCCUAAAGCCCCAGUCAGGCUGCUCAAUGCCUUUCGCGUCAUUCUGGGUGACUCCCAUGUGUUUCGAUUCAACGACCCACAAGCAGUCAGAGCCGAGAGGCAGAAACUCAGACAAUCCGCCAGCAUUGACGGCCUGUCAAACACCCCUGGGGCACGGCCUGAUUCGCCGAGUGUAAAGGCUGAUGUUGAGUUGAUGGACUGGUCGGCGGCCAGAAGAGAGGUGGCAGAUAUCGAGAAGCUUGGAGACCAAGAUCUAGACAAACUAUACGAUGAUAUUCUCAAAGUCAGAACCCAACGAAAACGACCUGAAAGCCGUGCCGAUUUUGGCGAUUUCGAUAUUGAUCGAUCUGCCGAUCCGUCGAGCAACCCAUGGGCUGCCCCUGGUCAUUCAUUGACUGUUACCUCCAACAGUCUGGGGACGCCCGUGGGCCAGGAAGUGGAUGUUCACGUUUAUGACGAGCGCUCCGAGACUUCGACAGAGCAGCCCUUAGGCCUCAGCACCCCAGCUUCUCCGGCACCGGGCUUCCAGGACCAAAAAGCUGCUGAUGUCAAAUUGCACCAAGACCACUUGACCAGACAACUCAAAUCGAUGGCGCAAGAGGUGAAAAGGGUCAGGUCAGAAGCGGCCAGGGCUAGAGCCCUGGAGACUGUGGACAUGGAGCCAGAAAGCUGGGGGGUAGAGGAGCUUCGCAAGAUCCGAUGGGUGCUAGAGCGAUGGGAAAAGCUGAGAGGGUACCGGAUGGCCGAAGAGAUUUUGACAGGCGCGGUGGAUCUGAGAGAGGCCAAUGUCAUUGCAAAGCAAAUGGGUAAACAAGUCACCUACAACUUCUUGGUUGUUGAUGGUAGCUUGGCAUCCCCAGUCUCUUCGCUAGAUGAUUCAAACGCCCUGGUAGAGUUUGAUGAUGUGUCGAACUCGGUCACGCACUACAAGAACGGACCAGUGGUCGCCGUGAAAGUCAUAGACUGGGAAGCUAAGACUGCGUAUACAUGGGACUUGCCCAAAUUCAAACAGCAGCUCGUCAGGAUGAGACACGUCUCUGCUCUAAAGCAGAAACCCAACUAUUCAGAGCACUUUCAGAUCGACGGUCUUUUCACCGACACUCCGCCCCCAUCCUUCUCUUUCGUGGGCGCAGCCAAGGUUCCACUUCGGCUCAUAGCUAGCCAGCUGUCAUACUCUGUGACUGUGCCAAUCAUGUGUCAAUAUACCAUGGAGGCUAUAGGUUCCUGCCGAGUGGCUUUCAGGUGCGGAAACCCCGACUCUUCCUCCACUUCUGGUAUCGACACUCCUGAUUCCUUCAGCCACAUCUCCGACAACCCGCUCUUUGUGGGAUCCAAAUUCACCUUUACGCUCAUCGUUGACACAGUCAAAGGGUUGUCUUCCACCGACUAUGCCUGUAUCCACGCUCAGACCCGGUUGUCGUCACUCGUUGGCCCUUCUAUCGCCUCUGAAGACACGUUUGCUUCUCAGGCGGUCGACCUGGACAAAGCAUCCGGAACCCACCUGGUUUUGAGAAAAACGGUAUCCGUCAUGGUCACACCCGACAUAUUACGGUUUUUGCGAGAGGAGUACGCCACCAUUGGCUUCUUUGCUAAAGCAAAAGAUGGAUAUUUGGAGAGAUUGGAGCGAUGGGAUAUCAACCAUGGUACAGCCCCUGGGUCUCAUCUUGAAACACCAACCCAGAAUGGAGUAACCAAACCGGCUAUGCGCCGAUGCGAGACCGACUUUGUUGCCCCUGAGAGGCAUGAUAUCUUGGCUACCGUUUCUAUCCUUGAGCUGUCUGCCAACGGAGAUUAUACUCCUGCCGAGGUGUUUGACGAUACUUUCCAGCUCCACCAAGGGCUGCAACGACGCUUACACCUGCGUCUGAACCAUGCUUCAGGCAAGUCGUUCCCUUGGACCAAGCUGGAACAUGCCAGCAUUGGCGACGUACGUCUCAUGACAAGGACUGGCGCUGCAAGCGUUGGCAAAUCCCAAGUGGACGUCAAGGUUUCCGAUGAGACCGUAGAGUACCAUACUGACGGCACAUCUACGCUCGAAGCUGAAGGGGUUUUCGACACUGCCUCGCUUGCUUGUCGCCAUUUGGACAAGCGUACACCCUCUGAUCAGCAUCUUGUGAUCAAGUUCACUUGGCUGCUCGACGUAUCCACACUGUCUGAACCAGCCGUCUUCCACCUCGAUCUACCAAUUCGCAUACUCGGUCGCGACGCCAGAAGAUCCUCCAUCAUGACCUUCUUUUCUGCUGCCAGGGCGUUUGAAAGCAUCACCCGAGUCUACUCGGUCGAGUGCGCCCCGCCUCUGGCUAGAAGCGCAAAUGAGCUGUGGAGGUUGGACACGAGCGAAAAGCAUGUGAAGGGUGAAGAAUCACUCGGCAGAUGGAAACCGCGGAGUUUAGAUCUUUUGGACGACUGGCGAAAGAUGAGGAAAGCGCAUAACGGGCUCGGAGAGGUUGCAAUCACCAAGGUGGUGCUGGAGAUGCAUGGAGAAGAGAUGGAUGGUGGCAAGGGACAUGGUGGCAACACUGAGCUGCUUGAGCGGUCUUUGAUGUUGUGGAAUAAGGCCAUAAGUGAGAGAGUAAAGGUCGAUAUCACGAGACAGGGAUUGGAGGAAGAGGCCGUGGCUCGCAAGCUUCGAAAACUUCUCCCCGACCUCGAGACAAAGCCGGUGCCGACCGUCAAACUUCAACCAAAUAUCGAUAAUGUGAUCAAGUAUGGGCCGUUACUGCUCCUUCGAGACUCCACAUCGGAUCGUUGGGAGAAACUGCACUUUGUACUGAGACGGCCAUACCUUCAUGUUCACCAAAGUGCCGGACAGAGGGAGCUUCAGGUGAUCAAUCUGACCGGAUCUCAUGUCACGACGAGCCCUGAAGUUGAGAUGCUACUCGAGCGCCGCUGGGCAUUCACGGUAUUCACUUCCACCAACUCUUACAUUCUCCAAGCAAGCUCCGAGAAAGAGAGGAAAGAAUGGAUGUCUGUCAUCGGGACAAGCGCCUCAUGAUCUCUCGUAGGGGAGGGAGCGGUAUCAUUGCGUUGGGCUUGCAUGCGUUGUGUUAAGACGACAAUCACGAAAUUUUAUGAACUGCUACGUUGCUCGCGAGAAUCAUCCAAGUCUGCCGCAGUUACAGGUAAUACACUUGCAGGUGGCGGUACGUGCCUUCGGCGA